GUGGGGGCUGGAGGAGUUGGGGCGGAGGCGGGGGCCGGGGCCGGGGGAGCUGACUGCUGAAACUGACAGAGGCUGGCCGGGCGGUGGCCGAGCUGAAGAGUUGGGCUCCAGAGUUGGGCUGCUCGUAAACCAAGCUGUCUGUUUAUAUGGAGAGCCUGGAGGGUGUCUGCCAUGAGUCUGCUGCUAACAACAAGAACUGGCUGGUUUGGGAGAAGACACUAACUCCGGACUGUCGGCCAAAGGAGCUGGAGGGGCCUCAGGAUGAGGAGAGCCAAGGGCUGACUCCAGGACGGCAGAACGGAGGGAGCUGCUGACAAACAGAUGAAUGCCUGAGUGAAUUUCCUUGGUGAGGGCCCAGUCUGAAUCCAUAGACAGUCAGCUUCUCUGCCAGAAACCCUUCCUAAAGGACCAUCUCAGUAAUAAGCUCCCUCCAGAAGGUUAAGGAAUUUUACCUCUUCCAGGAUGACCAGCACAGCUCCCUCUAAGAAGCCAUACCGCAAGGCACCUCCCCAGCACCGGGAGCUGCGGCCUGAGCUGCCUGCUCCAUGGGCUCAGCAGGAGGUCAGCAUGAUUGAAUGCCAGGAGUCCCUGACAGACUCGGAGAGGAUGAAGCUCCUGCAGCAGGAGAAUGAGGAGCUGCGGCGGCGUUUGGCCUCUGCUACCAGUCGCACAGAAGCCCUGGAGCGGGAGCUGGAAAUUGGGCAGGACUACCUGGAGCUAGAGCUGGGUCAGAGCCGGGAAGAACUGGACAAAUUCAAGGACAAGUUCCGACGGUUACAGAAUAGCUACACCGCGUCACAGAGGAAUAACCAGGAGCUGGAAGACAAGUUGCACACACUGGCCUCUCUUAGCCACAGCUGGAUUUUUGCAAUUAAGAAAGCUGAGAUGGACCGUAAAACCUUAGACUGGGAAAUCGUGGAGCUGACCAACAAGCUCUUGGAUGCUAAGACUACCAUUAACAAACUAGAGGAACUCAAUGAACGCUACCGGCAGGACUGUAACCUGGCUGUACAGCUGCUCAAGUGCAAUAAGUCCCAUUUCAGAAACCAUAAGUUUGCUGAUCUGCCCUAUGAACUUCAGGACAUGGUGAGCAAGCAUUUGCACAGCACACAGGAUACCCCUGGCCCUAGCCUGGCUCCUAGCCUGGCCCCAGGAGCCGUGGUGCCCACCUCCGUCAUUGCUCGAGUACUGGAAAAGCCAGAGUCGCUCCUGCUCAACUCUGCCCAGUCUGGCAGCGCCGGACACCCUGUAGCUGAGGAUGUCUUCGUGCAUGUGGAUAUGAGUGAGGGGGUCCCUGAAAAUCCUGCCAGUCCCACAGCUCCGAGGAGUCCCACCUCCCAAACCAAUGGGGAGUGCUGCCCAGCGGACAGUGCUCAGGGUUCAUCGGAGGAAGAGCUGCCCUGUGAGAAGCUGAGCCCUUACCCUACUCCCCCACCCCCCCACCCGUUAUACCCGGGCCGAAAAGUGAUUGAGUUUUCUGAAGACAAGGUGCGGAUUCCCAGGAACAGCCCUCUGCCCAAUUGUACCUAUGCCACCCGACAGGCCAUCUCUCUGAGUCUUGUGGAGGAGGGGUCCGAUCGGGCCCGACUCAGCCCUGGCAGUCCUGCCUCUGCCCAAGCCUCCCCUCGACCACUUGCCAGUCCGCCCUCUGCACCCAGUGCUGUGGCCAGUUCCACCAGCUCUGAGGAAGAUCUGCUGGCCAGCUGGCAGCGAGCGUUUGUGGAUCGGGCACCUCCACCUGCCCCUCUGACCCAACGUACAGGGUUUGGGCGUGAUGCACUUCCAGAUUUAAGCAGUUUUGCUGGCAGCACCUCUGAUGAUAAUGAGGACACUGGCCCUGUGCCCUCCUCUCCAGUUGGUGAGGGGUGUCGACUGUUGUCUUUUCCUAGCCCACCCCCAUCCAGGGAUGAUGAUGAGUUAAAUCUGCCCAUGAGCCCUGAAGAGGAGCGCCAGAAACUACUUCCUGAAGAGGGAGGGGAAGGGUCGGGUACCCCUCCUGGAGAAAGCAAGGUUCGACUGACCUCACACCGUCCCCAGAGAAGCCCCAAGCGGAUGGGUGUACACCAUUUACACCGAAAGGACAGCCUGACCCAGGCCCAGGAACAGGGCAAUUUGCUUAACUAGGGCCUUAAUCACCCUUUCUCUGCUAACAAACACGUUCCCUCUCCCCCUGCCCCCCAACACACUACCAGGUUGUUACUGCAUGGGGGGAUUCUGAGGCAUCUCACUCACUCUAAACUCAGGUUCCCCACUCCUUUGCUCCUCGGACCAGCCAGUUCAAGCCAUUGAAAAGCAGGGAUCUUGACCUUCCUUGGUUGAAGCAUUGAAUCAGUCCCUUCACCCAACUUGAGCUUGGCCAUUUCAAAAACUGGGACCCCAGACACGUCUGUCCACAUAGGGCCCUUUAGGCCCUUACUGAUCGUGCUGAGCAGAGAACAUUAUCUUUUCCCACACUUUGACCAUCCCAUGUUUUGGUCUGCACUGGGUGUUUGAGUAAGGGUGGGGGAGGGGAGGGGAAGGUCCUGUCAGUAUUUGACCCAAGUCUACUUCUCAUGGGAGUUUUUGGGGGAAGGGGUUGUUUUUGAACCCCAAGUUUCUUCUGUUGCCUGAAAUCCUUGAAGCCAUGAUGGCAAGGUUGCUAUAUAGCUGCUGCAGGUCCUUCCAGUAUAGUUGGCCCUAUGGGGUUGUGAGAGUGAAAGGAGGAUGCCUUAGGGCUUUCUGUCUCCUCCUUGGGGACAGUGGGGUAGAGAGAAAUCUGCCUGGGCUGGCCCUAGACCUAGGGAAGACUAUACAGAUGCCCCUCCCCUCCUUUGGCUCUAGACUGUUACUCUCAGCUUUGGGAAGUUUUCACAUUGAUGAGUCUAUUUUAAAAUCAGAAAUAAACUAUUUUAUCGGUA